AUGUGCCCCCAACAGGCGAUGCUGACACCUGAUCUGGCCCACCUCAUUGUUGUCACUGCCAGCAGCAGCAGCAGCAGCAGCAUCCGGGAUGGGAAGCAAGGGCGGCAGGGGCAGCAAGAGCAGGGCGAGGCUGGCUGUGAGCUCGCGCUGUUUGACACCGCCAUGAUGAGACACAGCCCGUGGGAGGUGUUGGCGGUGGCAGCGCACGGGGCGGCGCUGACAGCGCUCUUAGAGUCCGUGUCAGCUACUGCUGCUGCCAUGCACGGCCAAUGGGAGGCCGCCAGCUGUCAGUGGCGGGAGAAGGUGCAGGGGCUGCAGCGACUGCUGGAGGAGAAUGACUGCCCCUCGGACCCUCGCUCAGAGCUCCUGUACAUGCUGGCAACAGGAGCUGCCAGCACGGAUCUGAACAGCUUUUUCUCAGAUACUCUUGCAGGCGAAGCGGGAGUGAAGCGGCUGGCACGGACGAUAGAGACAGCAGGGAACGCGCUGCAUGGUCUGCUCACACUGCACCUCAUGCCCGCUCUGGAAGAGACCCUGGCAGUGGUGGCGGACUUUCUGCACCACCAAGGCGCACCUGCACCCCAUCUGCCCCAGAUGCCACCUCCCAUCCACUUCGACCGCGACCCCUUCAAGGCCCAGGCAGUGGUGGCGGACUUUCUCCACCACCACUUGGACUGCGACCCCAUCAAGGCGCACCUGGAUCCACCUGCCCCAGAUGCCACCUCCCCAGGCGCCAGGGUGCCGCCCCCGCCCAUGUUCGCUGGGAUCACGAGUGGCGCGCACGAGGAUGGGGAUGCGCUUCUAAGGGAGGUCGUGUGUGACCUAGCUGGGAUCACCAACCCAGCAGCCGUGCACCCCAAGGGAGGCAACAACUCUCUCCGGCAGCGGCUGGACCGAGUGCAAUACAGUUGUGAGGCAGUGCUAUCAGCCACAGCAGCCAGCUUCACUGCCCGUGCCGUGCUCGCCCUGCCCUCUCUGCUUCUGCCUGCUGUGCCCACCGCGCCUCUUCUGACUUCAAGCCAACAAGUUGCCGCCCAACAGAUUGCCGCCCAGCAGAGAACACCUGCUAAGGCACAAGCUAAAGAUGCAGCAGCAACAGCAGCAGCAGCAACAGCAGCAGCAGCAACAGCCGCCAUGCCUGUUAGGGCGCCAAUCAGCAUCUGCUGCCCCCAACCUUCCUCGCUGAUUAAUUCUGCUAAAGCUACCAGCACCCCUCACCACCGCCUCCCACCACCCGCUAAGUGCGUCAUUGCGCUUCCCCUCCCGUCCUCCACCUCUGUUAGCAGCAGCAGCAGCAGCCAAGUGUUGGUGCUACGAGUGCCUUUGUCCUCUGCAAAACAUCCUGCAAUUUCCCGUGCAUCAGCAGCAGCAGCAGCAGCAGUCAAAGCAGGCGCAGCAGCGACAGCAGUGGCAGGAGCAGCAGAGGGGGUGGAGGCGGCAGUGGUGGAUGUGGGGCAUGGCAUGGUGGUCACAGACAUUGCAAUGUAUAAGGACCACCACAUCGCACUGCUGCUCACUGCUGCCGCUGCCACUAAAGCAGGCAGCGCAGCAGCAGGGGCAGCGUGGCAGCAAGCCGGGGAGCAGCAGCAGCAGCAGCAGCAGCAGCAGGGGAGGCUGGUGGUGUGUCCAGUAGAGGGUCUGGCGUUCACAGGAAUUCAGCUGGGCCAAGGAGACACCCUCCUGCAGUGUGAGUUCCAGCAGCAGCAGCAGCAGCAGCAGCAGCAGCAGCAGCAGCAGCAGCAGGGGAGGCUGGUGGUGUGUCCAGUAGAGGGUCUGGCGUUCACAGGAAUUCAGCUGGGCCAAGGAGACACCCUCCUGCAGCAUCUACCACCUUCUCAGCCGUUCCCCUCCGAGGGCCUUAGGGAACGCCCUCUCACCUUUGCCCGCCCCCUCGCCCCGCUUGCUGCCAGUU